CCCUAUCGGCCAUUCUCUCUCUAUCAUUCGAUCGAUGGAUCUGUUGAACGCCGUCCUGAACUCUGUGGUGCCACCGGCAAGCAUGAUCAUUCUGGCCUUCGCAUGGCCAACCAUCUCCUUCCUCCAUGCCUUGGAGUGGUUCUUCAAGACCUUGUACAGAGAGAACAUGGAGAACAAGGUGGUUCUCAUCACUGGAGCCUCCUCGGCCAUCGGAGAGCAAUUAGCUUAUGAAUAUGCAAGAAGAAAAGCAAAUUUGGUGUUGGUGGCAAGGAGGGAGAAUCGACUUUGGGGAAUCAGGGAGAACGCUAGACUCUUGGGUGCCAAGCAUGUACUUGUGAUGGCUGCUGAUGUUGUCAAGGAAGAGGAGUGCAGAAGAUUUAUAAGUGACACCAUAAGUUACUUUGGCCAUUUGCAUCAUCUUGUCAACACUGCAAGCCUGGGGCAUAACUUCUACUUUGAGGAGGCCACAGACCCUGCUGUCUUUCCACACAUGAUGGAUAUCAAUUUCUGGGGAAAUGUUUAUCCAACCUAUGUUGCCCUUCCAUACUUGAGGCAAACCCGCGGCCGAAUCCUUGUCGAUGCAUCCAUGGAGAGUUGGCUUCCUAUGCCAAGGAUGAGCCUUUAUGCAGCAGCAAAGGCGGCUGUGGUUAAUUUCUACGAGACCUUAAGAUUUGAACUGGAAGAAGAUGUAGGCAUCACGAUUGCAACCCAUGGGUGGAUAGGUAGCGAUGUUAGCAGAGGGAGGUUUACGCUCGAGGAGGGAGCAGAGAUGCAAUGGAAGGAAGACAGAGAGGUGCGCCUCGCCGGAGGGCAUGUCGAAGAGUUUGCGAAGCUGAUGGUCGCAGACGUGUGUCGGGGCUACGCACACGCGAAGCAUCCGAGCUGGUACGACGUCUUCCUGCUGUAUCGAGUUUUCGCGCCGGACAUCCUUGGUUGGGCAUUCCGCUUGCUGUUGCCGAACGACGACAGAGCCAAGCCGACUUCGGGACGACUAUUUCCGGAGGCCUCGUCUCCUCGAAAGCCGAUCGCCGCCUUCUCUUCAGCAUCUCCCCGGCGUCUAUCGGAAGUUGAAUGA